AUGGCUUUCAAAAGAAGGGACAAGAAGCAAAAGAAGAAGCACCACCUCACACACAAGAAGCAACGUAAGACUUGGUCGGAUCGUUUGGUGACCAAUUUGAUAAGAAAUCAAUUUAAAUCACGAAUUUGGAAAAGAGUGAGAGAAUUUAUUGAUGGAUUCCUCCCUGAUAGUAUUCCUUUCAUUCAUUCUCCUGCACAACAAGGCUCAAAUUCUGCUUCUCCAUCAUCACCAUCAUCAUCAACAUCAUCAUCGAAUGGUUCUUCCAAUCAAGUAGUAGUAAUUAAUGUUCAAGAGCAGCAAGAUAACAAAUUGGAUAAUGCUGAAAACAACAAAAUAUUCGGAGGAAAAUCCAAAUUAUUAAUUAAUGGAAUGACCUUGUGGUAUGAUCUUGUUAGUUUCAUCCUAUCGAGAGAGAGAUUAACACUUGAUUUGGAGGGAUUUUAUUCAGGUGGAGUGAAGGAUUAUUUGGCUAAAGUUUAUAGAGAGAAUGGCUUGUUGGCAUGUAUUAGUAAUAGACAAGUAAUGGGACCGAUUGCCAAAUUCUUGCUUUCUACACUCUAUACUGUGAGUAUUCAAAUGCCAAUAAUGGAUACUUUGUGUGAAAAUUAUGAAGCAUCACCAAUGGUUAGUCAAUUGAUUAGAAGAAUUGAUGAUAUUCUCUUAAUGGCUAUGAAUUAUCCAAUUGACACUUCAUGUUUAAUGAAAUUCAAGAGAGGAGAAGCAAAAGUAGAAUCAGCAACAAGUAAUUCUCUUGUUCAAUCUUUGAAAUUUAUUAAGGAACAAAAUGGUGUUGUGAAUGGAUGGUUUAGAGGUUUUGGAUGGUCUAUUCUUGAGAAUAUCUUGUACGAAACAUCAGAUUCCUUAUUAAGAAGUGGAAUGAGUUUACUUUUUAGUAAAUUAUUUGGAUUGGAUUCAUGUGGAAGUAGUACAGUUGGACAGAUUGCACUCUCUGGAGAACAAUUAGCUCUCUUCAACAAAUUCCAAUCGACUAGUAUUGAUUUGAUUCAGGAUGCCUUGUUGUCUCCACUCAGAUUUUCCAUCCUGAGAUAUAGAACUGACUUGGUCAAUCAAUACACAAGUCCAAUCGAUUGUUUCAAACAAGUCCAUGCAAAAGAAGGAUUCAGAACAUUCUACAAGGGAACAUUUAUUGGAACCUUCUUGGUCAAUCACAACAAGAACCAAUAA